UAAGUGCUUACGAAGUCUGGAGUACCAUUCAUCAGUAAAUUUCGGGAGUGAUUAGGUACUUAGAUUAAAAUGAUUUUUAAAAUAGUUUUACUAGGUCUCGUAGCGGCGAGUUACGUCUUGGCGGCUCCGACGGCCGUCGUGCCAUUGGAAAAGCAACAGCCAACCGUCAUACCGAUCAUUUCACAAUCUGAAGAAUUGGAUCCAAACGGAACUUACAAGUUCAGUUAUGAAACGGGUAACGGCAUAAAGAGAGAAGAAACAUCAUACGAUAAAAUUGUACCAAAGGCUGCAGGACGUAAAGCCAGUAGCAGCGAGGAAGGUGGAGAAAGUGACGAAAGUGGUGAUAGUGAUGAAAUUCACGUACAACGAGGCUCAUACUCAUAUACUGCUCCCGACGGCACCGUCAUCACUUUAAGUUACAUUGCUGAUGAAAAUGGCUUCCAGCCUAUCGGAAGUCAUUUGCCUAGAGCGCCAACACCAGUACCGAUUUCUCCUGCUUCAAAUGAAAAGACUGGUCGCGCUUUGAAGACGCCAGACAACUCUGAAUCGGCAUCAGAGCAAGCACCAAGUGUAAAGGCAUCAGAAGAUAAACCUAAGUCUCCUGAGACCGUAUCCAUUGCUUCUUCAGCUGAACAACAAGAACAACCAAAAGAUUCUGAAAAAUCUGGAGACAAUCCAGUUGUUAAUGAUUCGGCUACUUUAGCGACUCAACAAUUAGAAUUACAGCCAAAGCCAGCUGAAGCUACGGUUUCGGGUGUUCCUGAACAAAAUGUUGAAACCACUGAGAACGCCGCAGCUCCUCCAGUUGGAACGAAGUCGGGAUCAACCGAACCUUCAACGCUUUCACAAUCUAAUGAUAAAGCAGCACCUGCCGAAACUGAAUCGCAAUCCGUAUCCGAGCCAGCAUCCGAGCAACCAGACAAAAGCCUGCAAGCAGGUGCUACGACUGGGAAAAGUGAUUUACUAGAAACAGCCGAAACUACACCUGGAUCAGCAGCUCCUAAAUCUGAAACAACUACCACGGAAGCUCAAUCUAACGAAAAAUCUCGCGUUACUGAUGCUAGUUCAGAAACAACGCCUGAGGUUAUUUCAAAACAAUCAGCAGGACAGCCCGAAACAGUUUCAACUACUGUUGUUAACGCACCUGAAGAUAAUGCUGCAACUUCUGAAACCACAGUAAGCGAAUCUGGGUCAACAAAUUCUCCUCAAUCGAGUGAAAAAUCAGAUGUCACUGAAGCUGCACCAGUAACAGCCACCACCGAAACAGAAUCAGCACAAACUGACUCACAACCACAAGAAACGUCAACACCAAGUCAAAGUAACACUGAAGAAAUAGCUGCAAGUACAGAAACAUCAUCAGGAACUGAAGCUGAAUUAACAUCGGGAACGACUGAAGCUUCGGAUGUAACUGUACCUAAAGCAGAUGUUACCGAGGCUGGCUCUGGAGCUGAACCUGAAGAGACAUUAUCAGAAUCGUCGACUCAGGCAUCUUCAAAUGAACAAACUACUGGUUCAUCGGAAUCUGUAGAAACGACGUCAGGUUCAUCAGAUGAAAAAACUACUGAAUCUUCCAGUGGAGAAACUACAGUAGCAGUUGCAGUAGCUAGUGAUGCCACGGCAAAAGCUGAGACUUUAGCAUCAACUACUGACGUUUCAGCAGUAGAUGAAGCCACAACUGCGAACGCUGACGUAACAACAGUGGCGGCGGAAGAUACAGCUCAAGUGGUCUCGGAGCCUGCUGCUAGUGCAGCCCCGACAUCUGAGGAAGUAAGCGCUUCUGCCUCUUCAGCUUAAAUUAUGUUGGAUAGCAGCUUAUUUCUGUCAAAAUUGUAAAUUAACUUUCUUUCCAGCAUUUGACAAUCAAUAACGGAUAUACUCAAAAGGACGGGGUACUAACAAAUUAUGGAAUAUUUUAUAUCGACGAAAAUAUUAAAAAUGUGAUAUAUCAAUGUGUUAACUCUAUGAGUAAGCUUUAAAAUAUUU